GAACGAGAUCAAGGACAUGGAGAUGCAGUACUGGGGCUGGAAGCUUUCUUAAAUGAAACAUUAGGAUCUGCCAUUGGAAGGACUGCAGGUGAUAGAUGAUGUGGUUUCCAGCAGAGGUGGGGAGACAGGAUCGGGUUUGUGGAAGAGGAGUAGGUAGUACAUGCCUUUGCUGGGAGGUGGAUGCUGGUAUAUAAUCAGUUGGAAGCAAUGACAAGCAGACAUACUGCCACAGCCAUGGAGGGGAUUGUGACUAUGUAUCAGGACUUCAUGAAGAAAGCAGACCCCCGCAUUGCUGAUUAUCCACUGAUGCAGUCCCCGUUCCUUGUGUUGGGCAUCCUUCUGGCAUAUGUCUACUUUGUACUCUCCUUGGGUUCCCAGGUAAUGGCAAACAGGAAGCCUUUAAACGUGAAGAAAUUCAUGGUGCUAUAUAACUUCUUCCUGGUGGGGCUCUCACUCUACAUAGUCUAUGAGUUUCUGAUGGCAGGGUGGCUUACUGGGUACACCUGGCGAUGUGACCCUGUGGACUUCUCACAGGACCCCAAGGCCCUCAGGAUGGUCAGGGUUGCUUGGCUGUUUGUCUUUUCCAAGUUCAUUGAACUGACGGACACGGUCAUUUUUGUCCUGAGGAAGAAGAAUGAACAGGUCACAUUUCUGCACCUUUUCCACCACUCUGUCCUGCCCUGGAGCUGGUGGUGGGGAGCAAAGUUUGGACCAGGGGGAAUGGGAUCAUUCCAUGCCAUGAUCAAUUCCAUGGUGCAUGUGGUCAUGUACUUCUACUAUGGGCUCUCAGCAGCAGGACCUGCCUUCCAGAAGUACCUGUGGUGGAAAAAACACAUCACAGCCAUCCAGCUGACACAGUUUGUGAUCGUCUCUGUCCACAUCUCCCAGUACUACUUCAUGCCCAGCUGCCAGUACCAGUUUCCCAUCUUCAUCCACCUUAUCUGGAUUUAUGGGACCAUCUUCUUCAUCCUCUUCUCCAACUUCUGGUACCAGUCUUAUACCAAAGGCAAACGAUUGCCCAGGGUGGCUCAGCAAGCAGCCCAGCACAAUGGUAGCAGCAUCCAUGAGAAUGGCACUGUCACCAAUGGCAAGGUCAAAGCCAACUAGAGGGCAGCCUGGCCCUCCCAGAGCCAAUGAGAGCCCCGGGGCAGAGGCAGCUGGGACCUGUUCCCCUGCUCCUGGGUGCCAAGUCAAGUGCCUACAGACUGUUGUACCCCUGUGCCCAGCCCUGCUGUCCUCUGUCUGCAUGCCCAGCCCCUUUGCUCUGAGCAGCUGUGGGCAACUUCUCCUGCUCUU